AUGAUAGAGUCGUCUGUGGAGAGACAUGAGUCUCUCUGUGGCUUCUGUCAGCAUCUACGGCUCGGGCAUUUGAUAUACUGCAAGUCAGUAUCAGAGAGCAUCAAUUUCGGAACAUGGGAUGACAUCAAGUCCGUGCAAGGUUGCGCAUUGCAUGACCUCUUGCAACAAGACGUAAGCCAUUGGCCGGAGGAUUCAAGCAGCAGAACCUUCGCUACCGGAUUGCGACUUAAGUCUUCCGUGUAUCCUGCAACAGAUAGACAAGAUUUGCUUGGGCUGUAUGCUUAUAUGGAAGUUCCCCCUCGUUACUCCUGUUUCAGACGACUCAAAAUCUGGUGCCCAACAGAAGCGGUCUCGUCGAGACAAGACUCUCAUGUUCACGUUUCGAAACUGAUCAACUGGGCACAUUUGAGGUCCACUAUUGAGGAAUGCUGGGACAAACAUGAACUGGGUUCAACAGGGCAGUCGAAUGCUGUCAAACUCCCAGCUGCAUUCCGCUGUAUUGAUGUCCAAGAACGAAAGCUUGUUCAACUAUCGCAGCUUAGGUGUCGCUACGUAACUUUAAGUUAUGUUUGGGGUCUGUGUACAGAUAAAACCAAGCUCAUGUCCACCUUAUCAACAGUUCGGGAAUAUGAAGAAAGAGGUGGUCUCUCAAUGAAGCACAUGCCAGCUACCAUCGAGGAUGCAAUACAAGUAUGUCUGCACAUGGGCGAGCGCUAUCUCUGGGCCGAUCGUUUACGUAUACAAGGCAUCGUCCAGGAUGAUGUUGAAGAUAAAAAAGACCAAAUUGCAGGGAUGCAAAACAUCUACUCCAAUGCAGCCUACACAAUUAUUACACUCUGUGGCGACAAUAUGAACGUGCGCAUCCCUGGAGUCAGCGAGGCGCGUCAAUUGUCGAUCAGGGAAUAUCGGAUGUGUGGCCUGCAGAUUCGCACCUGUCUGCCUGACCUCGAUGACUCAAUGAAGGAUUCAGUCUGGGGAACACGAGCCUGGACGUAUCAGGAACACUUGCUUAGUAGAAGGCAAUUAUUUCUGACUCCAACCCAGAGCUUCUGGGGGUGUCCAGAAGGAAUCACGAGCGAGGAAGCCAUGUUGAACGGAAAUGAUCCAGAUAUUCAUAGUCAAGAAUGGAGCCUGGCCCAAAAGUCCACAGAUACAUCACCCCAAUUUCAGUCAUACCGCGACAUUUGUUCAUCCUACAAUAUGCGCAAUUUUUCUUGCUCAUCGGACGUAUACAACGCUUUUGCGGGCAUUGCUACAGCAAUUUACGGCGUCCGCAACUAUUCUGAGAACUUCACCUGCGGUUUGCCUCUUCAUGAUAUUGAUGCAGCAUUGCUCUGGACUGCUACGAAAAAAAUGGAACUACGAACAUCCUCAGAGAUCUGCCUUCCUAGUUGGUCAUGGUCAUCUAUAUCGGGUGCUAUCGGCUUCCACCAUAUAUUCGGGUCAUUAGUAAGAUGGACAGUGAACAUGAGCGGACACGACGAAAAGCGUCCAAACGAGACCGGCAGUUGUGAAAAUAGCUUCCAAUUGACUGGCCAUAUUACCUUUCCCUGGAAUGAUUACCCUGAUGGAUUUCCUUCAUUCCAUUCAGAUGAAAGUUCUCUCAGGAUGAGCACACCAUGUUUAAACAUAGCCUUAGCUGUGGCAGAAGGAUGUCUUUCAGAAACUUUGGCCCACGAGCCCAUCCAGAAAUUACAACACAUGACCUUUGAUGAAUACAACGAAUUUGCAAAGUCAAAGUGGCCUUCGUAUUCUGAAUUCUGUCACGAUGCUUUUGACACCCUACCGACCUGUCAAGCUCCUGCAGGUAUAUCCCAAAUCCCACAAACGUUGCUCAGCACUCGAGGCCAGACGAGUCUUGUGCAAAUUUCAAGGCACGCCACUCACGCGCAAGGCUGUCACCCUCAAUGGGAGAUCAAAACUCUCAACGGCAAGUGCAUCGGUAUCCUCACCAAACCACGAACAAUCGAUCUCACAUCCAAAGAAUUUCAAUUGCACGGCCAAAUCUUCAAGUUGCUGGCGAUUUCAGUUGGAUGUGGAGAUCACUAUAAUAUUCCAAAUUGUUUCCCCGAAUCGCUUAAGCAUCGUACGCAUAUACCAGCCGACAUAUACAGGUCCCUAAAUAUCACCUAUGAGGACUGCGAUGGGACACUGCUCAGACCACCACCUACAGUCAAUGUAUUACUCCUCGGAGAAGCUGAACCUUUUGCCUACAGAAUCUCCCUCGGAAUCGUCUUCCUACGAAAAUGGGCCGAGCUGGAGCGCAAGUUCGAGAAUAUCACGCUUUGCUGA